CAUGCUGGCCCCGGCUCUGGCCGGCCUUCUCCGCCUCGCCGCUGCCCUGCUGGUGAUGGCCAUAGGUAGCCAUCGCCUGCAGGCAGGCGGAGGGACCGCGCCGACAGAGCCUGCUCCACCAUCCUCCAGCAGUGACAUCGUCCAUCCCAUCAAGGUCGAUGAGAGUGGUUCGUUCCUGUCCUAUGACUUGUCCCACCGAGCCCUUCACCGGAGAUCUCCUUCCUCCAGGAGCAAGUUCCUUGCCUUCUAUCAGCUGCACUACAAAGGCCAACCCCUGAAAUUCAACCUGAGCCUCAACAGCCACCUCCUGGCUCCUGGCUUCGUCAGUGAGAGGCGCUUUGGGGGCAUCGCCGGCGCCAAGAUCCGGACGCACACGGACAGCUCCUGCCAUAUGAUCGGGGAGGUGCAGAGCCAGGUGCAGGCAGGAGGUCUGGCUGCUCUCAGCACCUGUGAUGGGCUGAAAGGUGUGUUUCAGCUCAUGGAUGAGGACUAUUUCAUUGAACCAGUGUCCACCAGCUUCCAAGAGCGUGGGGCACCGCAGCCCCAUAGGAUCUACAAGCGCCAGACUCCUGAGCAUGGGGGAGAGCAAGGCAGGAGGCCACCAGCUCCACAGGAAAGCUGUGGUGUGCAAGAAUCUCAGGAGAACCUGGAGAGGGCUGAGAAGCGGAGGGAAAGAUGGGAACAGAAGCAACACAGGAAGAGGAGAAUCAAGCAGCGUUCCAUCAGCAAGGAGAAGUGGGUGGAGACCCUGGUGGUGGCAGACACUAAGAUGAUCGAGUACCACGGGAGUGAGAACAUAGAGAAGUACGUGCUGACCGUGAUGAACAUGGUGGCAGGGCUGUUCCACCACGCCAGCAUUGGCAAUCCCAUCAACAUUGCCAUCGUGCGACUCAUCCUGCUGGAGGACCAGGAGGAGGAUCUGAAAAUCUCCCACCAUGCAGACAACACCUUGAAAAGCUUUUGCAAGUGGCAGAAGAGCAUCAACGUUAAAGGAGAUUCCCACCCUCUUCAUCACGACGUCGCGGUCCUGCUCACCAGGAAGGACAUCUGUGCAGCCAUGAACAGACCCUGCGAGACCCUGGGCCUGUCCCACGUGGCAGGGAUGUGUCAGCCCCACAGGAGCUGCAACAUCAACGAGGACACAGGACUGCCCCUGGCCUUCACUGUGGCCCAUGAGCUCGGACACAGUUUUGGGAUUCAGCAUGAUGGAAGCAGCAAUGACUGUGAGCCAGUUGGGAAAAGACCUUUCAUCAUGUCUCCACAGCUCCUGUAUGACACGUCCCCACUCACCUGGUCCCGCUGCAGCCGCGAGUACAUCACACGAUUCCUUGACCGGGGCUGGGGGCUCUGCCUGGAUGACCCCCCUGCCCGGGAGGUGCUGGACUACCCCUUGGUGCCUCCGGGUGUCCUCUAUGACGUUGGCCACCAGUGCCGGCUGCAGUACGGACCCUACUCCACCUUCUGCGACGACAUGGAUAGCGUCUGCAACACGCUGUGGUGCACGGUGGGGAACACCUGCCACUCCAAGCUGGACGCGGCCGUGGAUGGCACAGCGUGUGGGCACAACAAGUGGUGCUUCAACGGCGAGUGCGUGCCGGUGGGUUACCGUCCCGAGGCCAUCGACGGCGGCUGGAGCCCCUGGAGCUCCUGGGCCCUGUGCUCGCGGAGCUGCGGCGCCGGCGUGCAGAGCGCGGAGAGGCAGUGCAGCAGCCCCACACCCAAGUACGGGGGCAGGUACUGCCUGGGGGAGCGGAAGCGGUUCCGGAUCUGCAACGUCAAGCCGUGUCCCCCGGACAAGCCUUCCUUCCGCCAGGUCCAGUGCAGCCACUUCAACCCCAUGCUCUACAAGGGCAAGCUCUACAAGUGGACGCCGGUGCCCAACAACAUUAACCCCUGCGAGCUGCACUGCCGGCCAGAGGAUGAGUACUUUGCGGAGAAGCUGCGGGACGCUGUCAUCGACGGGACCCCCUGCUAUGAGAUGAACGCCAGCAGAGACAUCUGCAUCAAUGGCAUCUGCAAGAAUGUGGGCUGCGACUAUGAGAUCGACUCCAAUGCGGUGGAGGACCGGUGUGGUGUCUGCCACGGGGACGGUUCCACCUGCCACACUGUCCAGAAGACCUUUGAGGACAGCGAGGGGCUGGGUUACGUGGACAUUGGGAUCAUCCCGGUGGGGGCCCGGGAGAUCCGGAUCGAGGAGGUGGCCGAGGCUGGGAAUUUCCUGGCGCUGCGGAGCGAGGACCCGGAGAAGUACUUCCUGAACGGUGGCUGGACCAUCCAGUGGAACGGCGACUACAGGGUGGCAGGGACCACCUUCACCUACAAGAGGACGGGCAACUGGGAGAACCUCACCUCCCCAGGGCCCACCGUCGAGCCUGUGUGGAUCCAGCUGCUGUUCCAGGAGACCAACCCAGGUGUGCGGUACCAGUACACCAUCCAGCGCCCGGCCGACAGCCAGAACGAGAUCCAGCAGGCAGAGUUCCUCUGGCACUUUGGCUCCUGGACCACCUGCACAGCCACCUGUGGCACUGGGGUGCAGCGGCAAGUGGUGCACUGCGUGGAGAAGCUGGCUGGCAUCGUGGAGGAGCGCUACUGCGACGCCCUCACUCGCCCUGAUGACAAGCAGAGGACCUGCAGCGAGGAGCCCUGCCCAGCCAGGUGGUGGGUUGGAGAGUGGCAGAAGUGCUCGGCCAGCUGCGGCGGGUCGGGGCUGAUGAAGAGGACGGUGCUCUGCAUCCAGAGCGUGGGGCUGGACGAGCAGAGGGCCCUGCAGCAUGCUGACUGCCAGCACCUCUCCAAGCCAGAUGCCACUGCACCCUGCCAUCGAGAGAUCCCCUGUCCCUCCCAGUGGGCAGUAGGGAACUGGUCUGAGUGCUCCAGCACGUGUGGCAAUGGGACACAGAGGCGCCCUGUCUACUGCAGCAACAGCACCGGAGCCGCUUGUGACCCUGCAGAGAGACCCAGUGUGGAGAACAUCUGCUCCUUGCCACCGUGCCAGGAGCAGCUGGACAAUGCCAAUGCAGACUGGUCUGGCAGCGGGUCCUCCAGCAGGGAGAUCUUUAAUGAAAUCCAUUACAUCCCCAGCAACCACAUGGCUAAGUUUAACCCCAUAAUCCCAAACGUUCCAGAGUCCAAUGAUGUCAACAUCAUCCCCGAGGAGGACUUCUCAGACAGGAAGGGAAAUGUCUUUGUAGAUGAUUUUUACUACGACUACAACUUCAUCAACUUCCACGAGGAUCUCUCUUACUAUCCCUUCACAGAGAAGGAGAUCAAGGGUGAGGGCCAGAAGCCAGAGCUGAGUGCCAACGAUGUGGAAAGGUCCCACGAAGUGCCUGCUGAUAUCAAGCCAAGUGGAGAAGCAAGUGAGGACCAUCUGGUGACAAGCAAAGCAAAUGCUUCUGCUCCUGUGCCCAGCAAAGGAGAGGCAGAGCCUGGGGGAUCAGCCAUGAAUGACCUCCUGAGCGUGGUCCAUGAGGAUGUGGGGACAGCUGCCCCCAGAUACACCACCCCUGACUUCAGGGGAGAGGAGGACACAACAUUUGUGCACCACUCUGAGAAUCACCCAGCCACCCAGAGCACCACGGGUCACAACUCUGCCAACAGCCACGACCACCUGCCCCUCAAUGAUCCCCAUGGAGCUGCACCAACGAGGACAGGUCCUGGGCAGGAUGGUCCAGCCCAUGACUUUGUUUCCUGGGGUCUUUACCCAGCUGGUCCUUCCCCACCACUGCCCACUGCUGGGGGCAGCUCUGGCACAGCCAUAUCUGAUGCACAGCCAGGGAGCAGGGGUGAGGAGCGUGUGAGCAGGGAGGGACCAGGUGACACCAGCAGUGAGGAGCAGGAUGUGACCAGUUCUGUGGGGAGAGGCCACGAAGACUCAAGGGAAAUGGAUGUUGUCAUCACUAGUGCUGGCCCCAAGACCACGAAGCAGGAAGAGUGGGCAGAGAUGAUGGAGAGGACAGUGGGCACACACACAAUGCAGGUGGCUGAUGAGCAAGCCCAUGGGACAGAGAGGGCAGAUCUGUCCUUCCCCACACCACAGGGACCAGGAUGGGACGUGGGAAGCAGUGCUGGAGGCACCCAUCCUGCUGCAAGUCCUUAUCCCAUGGGUGCUGCUGGGAGCCCCAUGGAGCACCAGUCAGAGCUCCACACCACCACAUCGCUCACCUCAACUCCCUUGGCAGCCAUCACAGCAUUUCCAGUAGCAAUGUCCUUAUCCCCUGCCGUGCCUGGACCUGCCAGCCCCUCCACCUCCAGUGGUGUCACCCAGCAAGGUGCCCUGACGCCAGUCAUGCCCAUGGCCCCAGCUCACAGCCCUCCUCUUUACCCAGUGGGAGCAUCAACCUCUGAGUCCCCUGCAGCAUGGUGGACCCUGGGAGUGUCCCACCACCCAGAGCUGCUGUCACCCCAUGCACAGGAGAUGUCCCAUGAAGCCCUGCUCAGCAGCACCAUGCCAGCAAAGCACUCACUGUGGGCAGCUCCCCGGACUUUUGCUUUCAGUGAUGCUGAGCAUGAGGCAUCCCAGCCCACCCCUGUCCCACCACUGCUCUGGGAGGAGGAAGACAUGGAGAAGGAGGAGGCUUUACUUCUGCCAUUGACCACUAUGGCAGCCACUGCAGUGCCCAGCUGGGAGGUUGGCAACUGGAGUGAGUGCUCAGCUACGUGCGGCGUGGGCGCGGUCUGGAGGAGUGUGCGCUGCAGCAGCGGCAGCGACGGUGCCUGUGCCGCGGCAGACAAACCCGUCCCGGCUCGGAGGUGUUCCCUCAGGCCCUGCUCCUCCUGGCGUGUGGGCAACUGGAGUAAGUGCUCCAGGAGCUGUGGUGGAGGGGUGAAGGUUCGGGAUGUACAUUGCGUUGACACCAGAGACCAGAGGCUCCUACGACCCUUCCACUGCCAGGCUGUCCUCUACAAGCCACCAGAGCAGGUCCCUUGCCAAAGCACACCAUGCCUGGACUGGUACACAUCCUCUUGGAGAGAGUGCUCGGAGGCGUGCGGCGGUGGCGAGCAGGAGCGGCUGGUGACGUGCCCAGAGCUGGGGCGCUGCGAGGAGACCUUACGGCCCAACACCACCCGGCCCUGCAACACACACCCCUGCACCACCUGGGUGGUGGGCUCCUGGGGAGAGUGCACAGCUCCCUGUGGUGGGGGCAUCCAGCGGCGCCAGGUCAAGUGCAUCAACACCAAGACUGGGCUGGCUGAGGAGGACAGCAGCCUCUGUGACCACGAGCCCUGGCCUGAGAGCACCCAGAAGUGCAACCCGCAGGACUGCGACAGCUCCGAGUCAGGCUUUGUCUGCGAGCGUGACCGCUUGACCUUCGCCUUCUGCCAGACCCUGCGUGUGCUGGGCAGAUGCCACCUCCCCACGGUCCACCUGCAGUGCUGCCAAAGCUGCCGCCAGCACGGGCACGACGCGGCUCCCGACCGGCACCGUGGGGACGAGCGGGCAGCCAGGAGGUGACAGGACCAGCCCCCAAGGCAAGAAACACCAGGACCUGUGGUGGUUCCUGGACCAGCGUGGUGGUGGUGGUGGUGGUGAUGAGCUGCGUCACAGCCAGGACUUGUGGCACUGCCACCUGUGAGCCCCCCGGUGCUGUUUCCAACCAGGGGAAGCCCUGAUGUCUUUUACUUGUCUAAUGGUGCUCAAACCAUCUCUCUGAACAAUAAGGUCUGGCAUGGGCUGGGUGUGCUGCUCCCACUGGGCAGAUGCUGGGGCAGUCAGAACCCUCCACUGGAGUCACGCUGCCACUGGGUGACCGGUGGGGAAAUAUUCUGGGGAAGGCAAACCACACACAGCAAUCAUUUGGGGGGGAGACCUCUCAGAAAGGGUUAUGGUGCUAUCACUUGACGUUUGCAGCCUCUUGAUGGUGUUGGCUGGCCAGCACAGGACUCCUGAUGGCUGUGGUCAUCUGUAUGUAUAUGAAGUGACCAUCUGGCAUUCCACCAGUACCACCCACCCCUUGGGUUGGGGGGGGGUUACCUUCAAGAACUUGAAGCUGGCAACCCAUUUCUGUGCUUCUUGUUGCAAUGUUUACUCACUGACGCUGGGACAGCUUGAGGAAUGGGGACAGGGCAGAGGAGAGAAGAGCAGCUUCAGUUGUCUCCAUGAGUCCAGGGCCCGUGGCAUGUGCCAAGGCUUCAUCCCCUCAUCUCCCUGCUGCUGGCUAUCUCUGCCCAAGCCAUGCCCGUGUCACUCUGGGAUGGAGGGGAUGGUUAGGGCCACCAAGGCAGCGUUUGUUUUGGAGUCCAGCAGUGCAUUCCCCUGCCUGUAUUUGUGAAGGAGAGGGGGAAGCUGCUCCAGACAUAGACCCUUGGACUUCUGUACUCAAUUUAAUGGUUGAUUAAGAUGUUCUUCUGUGUUCUUACAGCUAAAGCUCUUUUUUUUCCCCCCUGCUUAUGUAGCUUCACCUCUGUUAAGGUUAGCUGAUGCUUUUAUCUAGGAUAUCCAGCAUUGCAUGAAGAGCUCCAGGAGCAUCUCACAUUAACCCCUCCCUGUCUUAGGGAAGAUUUGCUGUUGGCUUGGUCCCCAGAAGAGAAUCAGGAGUAUUUAGGUAGGGAUUCCUUUCCAUAUUGCUCUUUAGGCUAUGGGGGAUGACCAAAAAGGGGGAGACCGUGAUGGCAACCCUACUUGCAUGUAGGUUCUUCUGUCUUCACCUUUGCUGUCAGGAAGAAGGUUCAGCCCAGGACAGGGGCCAUUCCAGUGUGUAAGUUGUAUGUAAAACACAAGCCAUGACUUCACCAUUUGUGUUUUACUCCUUUGCAACGUGGUGUAAAUUUGGAUGUUUCAAAA